CGAUUCACGAGCCAUGCUACCGUGGCAGUUUGCUUCAGAUAAGAACCAAUCCCAAGCCCUGAUCCCUUGCGUCACGCGGUUAGGUACCCAUUCCACGAAUCCUCACCCUUCCCUCUCCCUCUCCUCCACUUGUCCGCCUUAGGGUGCUUCUGUGCCGCCAUCUCUCCCCUCCGUUUCCUCCACACCUUCUUUUCUCCCCCUGGCCAGUUUUAUUGCCCAAGUCUCACUGUCGAUUGCUCAUAUUAGACUGAGAUCAACCCAUCCCUCGCAUCCGCUUCCGUAUUCCGUCAGUUCGACCUAGUUCUCGCUUCCUCGUUUUUUUUAUUUGCUUUGUCAGCUAAAAUUCUUCGCCUCUAUGGAUCAAAUGUCGACCUUCACGAUGGAUCAAAGCUCAGAACCGUGCUCGUCAUGGAAGUCGAGCUCGAGGGAGAAUUUCGGCGACUAUGUGCUCAUGGUCCAAUGCCUGAUAGAGCGAUGCCUACUCAUCGACUUGAGUCGGGACGAAUGUGUGUACACCCUAGCAAGACGGGCCAGAAUCGACCCCGCAGUUACGCUUGCAGUUUGGAAGGGGCUUGAGAAGCAGAACCCUGCAUUUUUCGAGGAGUACUCGCGUCGGCCACACAACAGCGAGACUCGCAAGGCCAGACGUGCUCAGCAGGCGGCGCAUCAACAACUGCAAUCCGCUAAGAUGCUUCAGUACCUAGACGCCUGGCAAUUGCCUUGUAACGGAACCUGAGCUUCAACCAAUCCCUGGAACUAAUCACCUCGAAUGGUCCAGUUGGGGGCGAAUCCUCCUUCUGGCGUGAUGCUGGCCUGCUGAGGAGCUCUGCACGCCGAGUGAAGCAUCCUGUUUUCAAGAGCCACUGACGAUCCCAGCAUGCUGCAUGCAGCUGGUGCUGCUACCGCCAUUGCUGCGGCAAUGCAGCAGAACGGACUGAUCUUGGAUGAGCCCCUAUCAUUGGCUAGGUACACGUGAGAACGCAGGUCAAGCAGGAAUCGCAGUAGAGAGUUGGCUUAUGUCAUUUGUACAUAAUUUGAGUGUGACUUCGUGUGAGUGGUAGUUUGAGAUAGGAUCUUACUGAUGGCAAGGAUUGUUUUCAAUGUUCAGCAUGAGCCAGUAGUUCAGGCUUGGAAUUAGUAAACUAGAGGGUUGACAAUAUGAGGCACGUUAGG